CGAACACCGGAAGCGGAACAAUUACAACAAUUUGCUUAUCUAUCAAUUUUUACUCAGCAUAACUGUUACUGUAUUGCAUUAAAAAUAAAAAAGAAAGAAAAGUAGAUCGUUAUGCUCACGCGAGAUGAUGGUAUGGGAGUACUACAAAAGUAUCAGGUACUCCUGAUUCCUACCAGUUUCCUUUCAAAUCUAGUAUAAGACUGAUACUGCAAGAGGCUCUAGUGCAGCGCGCCAUUCGCGACUUUCGGGCGCUCGACAAUGGUCCCAUCUUUUCUCGUGCCUAUGCUCUGUCACUUGUAUAUCGUUCGAAGAGGAGACACUCUAAUACAUCUGACUCUGCUUCCCACCGGUACGUGCUUCUAUUGCUGUCCUAUCCAGUUGAACCGGGACGUUCAAUUUCUAUUGUAUACCAGGCGGAAUCCAAUAUAUCCAAACGUACUGGAUAUUAAUGAUGCCACAGCGUUGCAGAAGAGUUACUUCAACACUAAACACCCGACUAUCGUUUACAUUCACGGAUACAGCGAUAGUAGUUUGGGAAAAGGUCCUAUUGCUAUACGAAAUGCUUAUCUCCGUCGUGGGAACUAUAACGUGAUAUUGAUAGAGUGGCCCAAAUUGGCGGUCUUACCAUGGUACAUAACGGCAGUGAGAAAUGCCAAAGUCGUCGGACCUUACAUAGCGCACAUGCUAAGUUGGCUAGACGCACAGAAAGCUGUCUCUUUAUCCAAAAUUCACGUGAUCGGCUUUAGCUUGGGCGCGGAAGUUGCCGGUUUUAUGGGGAAGGCCCUGGCACCUCGUAAGAUAGGUAGAAUCACUGGAUUGGACCCGGCUUAUCCGUUGUACAUGGAUAGUGGAGAGGACGGUCACUUGACGAAGGCCGACGCUACCUUCGUCGACGUCAUUCACACUGACGGCGGUCACUUUGGAUUCCCUCAUCCACUUGGUCACGUCGAUUUUUACCCGAACGGCGGCAGGAGACGACAACCUGGCUGCGAUUUGAAGAGCCUUCUUCGCAGAGGCUUCAGGAGAAUCGUAAAUCAAUACAUUACCUGCGGACACAACCGAGCCUGGCGUUAUUACGCGGAAUCAGUGGAUAACCCCUACGGGUUUCCCGCGAGUCGGUGCCCAAAAUGGCGACCCGGAAUUGAGGCGAACUGCAGGUGGAAACCUGAGAGUUACAUGGGUUUCAAGUGUGACCACAAGACUCGAGGAAAGUUUUACUUGAGCACGAACUCACGGUCACCGUUCGCCACGAAUCUGACAGGUUAUAAACUUGGCAAAUGAGAAUCGCCAUACGAUAAUCUUGAUUUGGAUGAACCAGAUUAAGAAGCGAAACGAUUUUUCGUGACUGUUCGCUUCUACCAGGUUAACCUGUCUUGGAUAAAGCUUGACAAUGGGAAAAUAAGAAAGUAUCUUUUUGUAAUUUUUGCACGAUGUAUUUACGGAAAAGCUUUGUAUUCCUGUCGCUUUGGUGUGCUCUGUAAACAAUUCGCAGUCUCAAUUAAUUUUAUUUUUUUCUUUGGAGGAUUACUAAGGUGACGGGGACGGAAGUACUUUUUUUUCCCUAGAAUAACAAACAAGUUUCGUGAUGGAAUGUGGUUCGGUGCAGCGACGCUAUCGAAAAGCUCGAAUCGAAUUGCGAUAAGUUGAAGGGAGAGCAACUUGUGCCGACUGUUUUAAUGCCAAACACUGCGAUCUCGUGCCAGAUUGCAGCGGAUUGUUUACAACAUUUAUCGUUCUGACUCUAACUUUAAUUGCCAAUGAUAUACGAGUAAUAGUCACAUAACACGACUGUAGUUACAUGUCUAUAACGAGUAAAAUACGUGACCGAAACUUUGUAAUAGUGGAACGUAACUUAGAGAAUACUUUUAUGUGGUAAAUGAUGUGUUGAAUCGAGAUUUUUAUGAGAACAUAUGGAAUUUAACGAUUUGUACUAUCUUUGUUAUGGCUUUUGUACAUUCUUUAUGAGCGCAUGAGGCAUUACAUACUAGUCCCAGUAUAUGUCAAUUACCUGGAUGAAUUUAAUGGACCGUGUUAGAAUGCCCUAUAUGGAAAAAAGAGUUUUGAUGAAGCAAUUAAAAUUUAUUUAUAUACGGAUCUGAAAAUAAUUACAAAUAACAUUGAAGAAAAUGCAAAAAGUUUUGAUAAACAUUUUAACAAAUAGUUUGAAAGUCUCUUGCAUAAUUAUUUCGACAGUCUAAGAUAAUUAUUUUUACAGAUCUGUAUCCGGCUAAAUGUUCAGAUACUUUAGCAAAAUUGUGUAUCUAUACAUUUCAAGAGUGAUGAUUUUAUGCAACAGAAUAUCAGAAUAAAAACGCUAAUAAUCAAGGAAGCGACUCGCAAUUUUUAUGCUAUUGCCAAUGCAUUUCCUGUCUUCGAGAUAUGUAAAUUUCAAGGCCAAAGAAUUUUAUUAUUUUCUAUCCGGGGUAAUCGAUGAGGAAAUCUCGGGAAACAUUUGUCUCUCGAACGGGAAAGAGCACGUGCUCAUAUUAAAAAUUACAAAUGACAGCUUGAGGGAAUACAAAUGAAGAACCGAGCGCACAUUGAAAGUAGGGAAUAUUUAAAAGGACCGAACGAGUCGCUUUGUACUGCUUUUAUUUUGCACCAUUUGCGCACACCGUGAAUUGUGAAACGCUCCGAUUCUCUCUGCGUGCGUUUUCCUGUAUUUUCAAAGAUUGUUUAUGACUAAAUUAAUAUACCUUGAGUUUGUCUUCAGUAUAUACAACGAACGUUCUUUUCAUCUCUUGCAGAUAUCUUUUAGAAAAAGUAUGCUGCCGCGAAAUUCGUUUAACUUUGUCAAAUUUGCUAGCCGAACUUGAAUCUCGAAACCAAAUUACAUAUUGUCGAGAAAAUUCUGGCUGCCAUUUUUAACGCUCAUCAGAUCAGAAUAUAACUUUUUUCACCUCUUUAUGGAAGUAGGGAUUUCGGAAGAAGUAACUCAUGUCUCAUGGAAGACGUUCUUAAAUUAGCGAACAGACAAAGAUAGCACUUUAUUAAAUUUUAUCGAUAUUAGUUAGCUAAUCUCCUUAAUAAUAUAAAUACGCUUGCAAUUUUGAAAAAAAUCACUUUCGUAAACAGGAAAUGUGAAAUACUUUCGAAGUAUCUGCAACGCGACAACAACACUAGACGAACUGUAGACAGAACACUAUAACGUAUUCAGUGGUCGGAAUGCAAUUUCAAGAUCGAUAGGAUGAUUUAUGUACAGUAGAAACAUUCCCUGACUCAUCUGGAAGAUAGCACCGUGACCUUUCACGAUCGCGUACCGUUCUACUACAUUGUUCGAUUUCGGAAUACAUUUCACAGAAUGAACAAUAAGCGAGUGGAAUCAAGCGCGUAGAAAGCGAAAGAGUCGACGUGUCACGCGGAGGAGAGGAUUUCUUCUCUCAAGAGAGGAAAAGAGAGAGAGAGAGAGAGAGAGAGAGAGAGAGAGAGAGAGAGAGACGUCAAGGAGAAUCGACAGAGCCGAAAUACGGUAAGUUUAGAAUCACGAACGACAUAGACUCCGUGGGACCUGGCCGGCGGUCAAUCAACUCGGCAUGUACACUGAAAAAUUCAGUACGACGGGCAGGUCGAUAAGAAUCCAAUGGCCAGGGUUAUAGAUGACCCUAGUCUUGAAAGACCACGUUACGUGGAAAGGUGUAAGGCAGCUUUCGCAGUCUACGCUUCAGCACGUUCGACCGUGUUCAGCGCUGGUUCCUUCCUCCUCUUUCGAGGAGAAACUCCCUCGAGUAUCGUUACCAGCUAUACUCUUUCAUGGAUAUACAUAUACAGUGUAUACCAGUUUUCUUUGCAUUUUCUUUCAUCCCUAUCAUUUAGAAUUUUUUGGGGUAGAGACAUUUCUUCGCAUUCAAUUCGGCACCGUUUGUCUUCCAAAAUUUAAAUAUUUAUUAAUU